CAGAUCAGAAACACAAAAGGCCAGUCGACGUCCGUCGACAUAGACGCGACGCACCACAAGGUAAGGCCUUUCCCCGACCACCGCACGACGAAUCCCGCCCCCACUCCUCCGGCAACCGGCGACGACCCACCCAGGAGAGAUCCACGCCGGGCCGAUGGGCAGCAAGCGCGCGCUCCUGGUGGGCAUCAACUACCCGGGCACCAAGGCCGAGCUCAAGGGCUGCCACAACGACGUCGAACGCAUGCGCCGCUGCCUCGUCGACCGCUUUGGGUUCGACGAGGGCGACAUCCGCGUCCUCGUCGACGCCGAACCCUCCGCGCCGCAGCCCACCGGGGCCAACAUCCGCAAGGCGCUCGCGCGCCUCGUCGGGGACGCGCGCCCCGGGGACUUCCUCUUCUUCCACUACAGCGGCCACGGGACGCGGCUGCCGGCCGAGACGGGGCAGGACGACGACACCGGGUACGACGAGUGCAUCGUGCCGUCCGACAUGAACCUUAUCACAGAUCAGGAUUUCAGGGAACUCGUGCAGAAGGUCCCCGAUAACUGCUUAUUCACCAUCGUCUCUGAUUCAUGCCACAGUGGUGGCCUACUGGACAGCGCUAAGGAGCAGAUAGGUAAUAGCACCAGGCAGAAUAGGACCCAGUCCGGUGAACGUGAAGAGCGACCUGAUUCUGGUUCUGGCACCAGCUUCCGGUCCUUUCUCAAAGAGACCGUUCGCGACGUGUUUGAAUCUGAGGGAAUCCGCAUCCCUCAUAGCCACAGCCACCAUGGAGGUGACGACCAGGAUGAGGCUUACGCACAGCCAACUGGGAAUGGCCGCACCAAAAACCGCUCCCUACCACUCUCGACACUAAUAGAGAUGCUCAAGGAACAAACUGGCAAGGAUGACAUUGAUGUGGGUUCAAUCCGGAUGACACUGUUCAACAUGUUUGGCGACGAUGCCAGCCCAAAGAUAAAAAAGUUCAUGAAAGUCAUGCUCGGAAAGUUCAAUCAAGGCCAGUCAGGCGAGUAUGGUGGUGGUGUCAUGGGCAUGGUUGGUGCCCUUGCUCAGGAGUUCCUGAAGGCUAAACUUGAAGGCAACAAGGAAGAAGCUUUCAAACCAGCGUUAGAGCAAGAGGUUCACAGUGUUGACGAGGUGUAUGCCGGGACUAAGGCCUGGGCACCUAACAAUGGCAUUCUGAUCAGUGGGUGCCAGACCAACCAAACAUCAGCCGAUGCAACCACAGCGCAGGGUGUCUCAUUUGGUGCCCUCAGCAAUGCGAUCCAGACCAUUCUUGCAGAGAAGCACGGGAAGGUGACUAACAAGGAUCUAGUGAUGAAUGCACGUGAGGCACUGUCCAAGCAAGGGUACACUCAGCAACCUGGGCUUUACUGCAGGGAUGAGCAUGUUCAUGUGGCUUUCAUAUGCUGAAACAUGGGCUGCUACAGUUAUUAUUUUCCUCCCUCUUCUUGUGUUGGGCUGUGCACGAGAGGUUGAAAUUUUCCUUGUUUCCCCUGGUGUGUUACAGUUAUGUAAUUGUGUUGUGUCAAAGUUGUUUGAGGUUAUGCUUCAAUGUUGGACUAUUCCAAUACUGAAAUAACUAUGAAAAACGUUAUAUAUCCAUAAUAUAUGUACUUAUCUCA